UACAAGAAGAAAACAGUGGAAGCAACAUGAUGAUUUCACCAGCAAGUGUAUUCGUAGCUAUGUGCAUGGUAAGUGAAGGUGCUCAAAACACCACAAAAAGCGAAAUUUUGAGAGCUCUUCAGUUCGAAGACUCCAACGAUGUAUGCAAGGAAGCCAAGCGCCUCGUGACUUUCAUUCAAGGAGAAAGUCAGUCAAAAUUUGAGCUUUCUUUGAGUAACGGUGUUUUCUUGAACAAAAGAAUUCGCAUCUUGAAAAAAUUUCAAAACAAGCUGAUGCGAAAGUAUAGUGCAACUGUUGAAAAUGUAGGAUUUGGAACCGAAGCAGGAGAAAAAAUUGUAAACGAUUGGAUAUCAGACGAAACAAACGGGAAAAUAACAGACCUGAUAAAGGAUACUGAUGAACAACUUACUGUGAUGAUUAUUGUAAAUGCAAUUUACAUGAAUGGCUCUUGGAAAGAAUGUUUCGCCAAAUCGCGUUCUGAGCGAGGUCUGUUUUUCAGUCGAUUGGCCGGCGAAAAAAAUGUGACUUUCAUGAACAGGCGUGUCGAUACGAAGUUAGCUUUCGCGCAAGCUCGCAAUCAGAAGAAGUUCACGGCCGCUUUUCUGAAAUAUCAGGCUGAUGAUUGGAUGAUGUCUAUUAUUCUUCCAGCUGACCGCGGAAACCCUGCGGAUUAUUUGGAACCAGUUUCUGAUGAAAUCUUUCAAAUUUACCACCGGUCCUCUGAGGUUUAUACAGACCUAUGGAUUCCUAAAUUCAAAGUCGAAACGUCUAUCGAUAUCAUGCCACUUCUAAAAGACCUUGGAAUCAAACAGGCGUUUGAUCCGAGCGCAAACUUCUUUGGGGCUAGUAAAGAACCAACUUUUAUCAGCAAAGCGAGGCAAAAAUCCUAUUUGGAGGUUUCUGAAGAGGGCACAGAAGCCGCAGCGGCUACAUAUUCAACGGAAAUUCGUAUGUCAUCAAUGAAAAUCGAAUCUUUACGUACUCGUGUAAUUGUUGACUCGCCGUUUCUGGUAUCCAUCAUCAACACUAAAACUAAACUAAUUCUGUUCGCAGGAGUAGUUUGGGAUCCAUCUGUGUGA